CAACCCUUAAUUGUUAUUCUUACAUCCAAAAAACCAAUGGUUAUGGCUUUCAACAACUUGUUCCUUCUUACUUUCUGUGUCUCCCUUAUGCUAUCCUUGGCAUCGAUUUCCAUAGCUGAAAAUAACCAUGCAGCUGUUCCACCAGAAACUAUAUGCCAGUCAACCAUGGACCCUACUUACUGCAAAUCUGAGUUUGCUAAUCUAAAUGGUAGCUAUAACAUAUACGACUAUUGCCGCAUUUCUGUUCGAUACUCCUUGUCCCAGUCUCGAAAGUUCUUGAACACCAUGUAUUCGUAUCUUCAAAAUCCAUCGUCUUUCUCUCAACCAACAGUUCGUGCUCUCCAAGAUUGUCAAUUCCUUGCUGAGCUAAACGUUGAUUACUUAUUAACAAUUCAUGACACUGUUGAUAAAGCUGGCGAUGUUCUUCCCACCUCUCAAGAAGAGGAUGUUCACACAUUGCUUAGUGCUGUUUUGACAAAUGAACAAACCUGUUUAGAUGGCCUGCAAACUUCAGCUUCUUCAAAUCCAAGAGUGAGGAACGAUCUUUCUUCCGUACUCUCGAAUGAUACCAAGCUUCACACUGUCUCACUUGAUUUGUUUACCAAGGCUUGGGUUCCUGAGAACAAAAUCUCAUGGCAACAACAUGGGAGCAUCAAGAAUGAUCGUGUACCCUUGAAGAUGUCAAACAAAGCACGUGCCAUUCAUGGCAAUGGGAGAAAACUACUUCAAACAUUGGAUAACAAUGAAAGCAUAGUGGUGAAUGAUUCUGUGGUUGUUAGUCAAGAUGGAAGUGGAAACUUUACCACUAUCAACGAAGCUAUAGCUGCUGCACCAAAUAACACUGCUGCUGCCGAUGGCUACUUCGUCAUUUUUAUCACCGAGGGUAUAUAUCAAGAAUAUGUAUCUAUAGCAAAAAACAAAAAGUACUUGAUGUUAAUCGGAGAUGGAAUCAACAGGACAAUUAUCACUGGGGAUCACAACGUUGUUGAUGGCUUUACAACAUUCAACUCGGCCACAUUUGCUGUGGUAGCAGAAGGAUUCGUAGCAAUGAACAUAACAUUCCGCAACACUGCUGGACCGAGCAAGCACCAAGCAGUGGCUGUAAGAAAUGGAGCUGACAUGUCCACCUUCUAUAGCUGUAGCUUUGAAGGGUACCAAGACACCUUAUACACUCAUUCCAUGAGGCAGUUUUAUCGCGAAUGUGACAUAUACGGCACAGUUGACUUCAUAUUUGGAAAUGGAGCUGUUGUUUUGCAAAACUGCAACUUAUAUCCCCGUCUCCCCAUGAGUGGACAAUUCAAUGCCAUCACUGCGCAAGGUAGAACCGAUCCAAAUCAAAACACCGGCAUUUCCAUACAAAAUGCGACCAUAAAAGCAGCACAGGAUUUGGCUCCCGUGGUUGGAACGGUGGAAACAUACCUUGGGAGGCCAUGGAAGGAGUACUCAAGAACCGUUUAUAUGCAGUCUUUCAUGGACAGUUUGAUAGCUCCUGUUGGGUGGCAUGAUUGGAAUGGAAGUUUUGCAUUGAGCACGUUGUACUAUGCAGAGUAUGAUAACAAUGGUCCUGGUUCAAAUACUACAAACCGCGUCACGUGGCCUGGUUAUCAUGUUAUCGAUGCUACUGAGGCAGCUAACUUUACUGUGUCCAACUUCUUGGAUGGAGAUGUUUGGUUGCCUCGUACUAGCGUUCCUUUCCAAACGUCUUUGUAAUAAAAGUGGAAACUUACUUGGAUUAAACCAUACGUAGCUCGGAGUAUUAUAUAUGUUUAAUACUUUAAUGUAUUGUUCCAUAUCGAUCUAGAUAGCCUCAUAAAUCUGGGGGGAUCGGGAUGUGGUAAAGAAUGAUUGAAUACAUAUGUCUUAAUACGUUUAUAU